UGCCACACAGCGAUCCAACCAUGGCACCUACAACUGCUGCACCAAUGACCACUUCAACGGAUCAUUUGACUCUGACCCACAAGCUCAGAAAGCCUCUGGUGGAGAAGUUACGCAGAGAGCGAAUCAACACCUGCAUUGAGCAGCUCAAGUCUCUCCUGGGUCCAGAGUUCCUCAAACAGCAGCCAGACUCCAAACUGGAGAAGGCAGACAUCCUGGAGAUGACCGUUUGCUUACUGGCACAGCUACAGCUGCAGAAAAACCUGGUGACCCACUCCAACAAGCUGCAGACUGCCUCUGAUGAGAAGCUGAGGGAAGUUGACCUUUGUCUUCUGAGCUCCACAGCUCAGACCAGCAUCACCCAAUGCUCUCUGGAGAGAAAAGACAACAGCGACCUCUGGAGGCCAUGGUAGAACCCUCACACUGGAGUCCAUACCAGACAAGCUAAACAGACCAUAUUGGUCAAACAUGACUGGACUGAAUUGUUUAAAAUUCUGUGGACUUUUUCUUCUGUAUGUACAGAAGGUUUUACUUUGUGUGUGUGUGUGUGUGUGUGUGUGUGUGUGUGUGUGUGUGUGUGUGUGUGUGUGUGUGUGCCAGAUGACAUUUCCUAAGGAAAGUGUAAUAACAAUAUCUUUCAUGUUGAGAAAGAAAAUUUCAUGUCAUGCAUAUUGCAUGAAGUGAAUCUGAUUGCAUCAGCAAUUUUAAUUGUUUCUUUCUGUACUUCAUGUACUGAUGAUGUUAUGGUAAUACUUUUUACUAUUAUUGAUUUUUUUCAAUUGACAUUUGUUACCUUUUGCUGGUUUUCGAUUUUUGGGAUCUAAAUUUUAAAUGUCCAUUUUAAGGACUCAUUGUGAUUGUAGAUAUUAAUCACACAAAAUUGAUCUGUUAUAAGAUCCAAAUCUUUAGUAUUUCUUUCAUAAAAAUUUUCUAACUAUACGACUCAAUGUGGGCAAGUCAUGUAAUUGUGAUGUUUGUACCUCUUGACUGUUACUGAUCAGUUUAACAUUAAUCUAAAUUCAAGGUUGAAUUUGUUAUAAGAUCUAAGUGUUUACAGCUUCUUUCUAAAAAGUUUUCUUAAUAUCACCGUUUUCUUAGUCGGUAAAAACUUGACAGUGAUAUUUGUACUUCAUGAUCGUUAUUGAUCAGUUUAAUAUCUUAAUUGUUCUAUGUGGACAUUUAGAUGACGUGUAUCUCAAUGUAUGUCAUUACUAAAACUUGAUCUGUUUUAAGAUCAAUAUGUUUAUUGUUUUACUGAAAACAUUACUGUUUUUGUUACUGUCAGGUUUGAGAAGACAAAGUAAUAUUUACUUUGUGAGAACAAAUUGAAUUCAGCAGUUAACAACAAUGUAUUUUAAGGUCAUUUGCUGUUUAGUGAGUGAAAGUGGAAAAAGAAAUCAAAUGUCACUGAGUACUGGGUUUUUGAAUAUUGUAAAUUGAUUGUCUUUCAUAAAGACAGCUUUUCCUCUACUCUUUCUGAGUACACUGUGUCUUGUAGAAAUCUACAAGUUGUUGUUGUGAUGUAUCAUCACCUCCUGUUUGAGCUUUUGUCCUUGUUCAAUAAAUAAACA